GAAGCACAGAACCGUCCUUUAAAAGCUUUUUCAUGAUCUGAAGCGGUUAAUUGGACUCACCCCCAUUUUCAUUCUCUUCUUCUCUUCGCCAUAUUUCUGCUUAUGGGUAAUUGAGUGUCAUUUGGUCACAGUUUCUCUGAACUUGUCUUCUUGCAUGUUACUAUUACAGAAAGUUGACAACUGAGGUUACAGUGGUUGAUACAUGUAUAUAUGCAUGCAGCUGCAGAAGAUUCAGAACAAGUGCAAAAGAUGAACACCACCGUCAGGUCCAGGCUGCAACAAAGGAAACCUCCAAUCACACUGUCACAUGAUAAGGCAGAAAUGAGGGGAAGCUCGCGAGGUGGAGCAAAUAAUUCUGUUAAGGGCGGAAAAGCAUCGAACAAAGACAGAAAAUUGGCUUUGCAACAAGAUGUUGACAGGUUGAAGAAGAAGCUUAGGCAUGAGGAGAACAUCCACAGAGCAUUGGAGAGAGCUUUCAAUAGGCCUUUGGGAGCUCUGCCUCGUCUUCCCCCAUAUCUCCCUCCUUAUACUCUAGGACUUCUGGCUGAGGUGGCAGUGCUGGAAGAAGAAAUUGUAAAGCUUGAAGAGCAGGUUGUUCAUUUCAGGCAGGACUUAUACCAGGAAGCUGUCUACAUGUCAUCCUCUAAGAUGAAACUUGAGCAUUCAGCAGGUGUGAAGAAUUCAAUCCCAAAUAGUAGUCCCAAAUCGUGUAACUUGCAGUCCCUUUCCCAGACAAUGGAUAAUGCUGCAACAUCUGAGACUAGGCCUGCAACGACACUUCCAAAGGAUAGACAUGGAAAAGAGAACCAAUCAUGUACUAAUUCGUCCAAGAGCAGCAAGCAAUCCAUAUGUAAAGGCCAAACUACAAAAUCGCCGAUUAAGAAACUUCCCGUUGACAAUAAAUCACUGCAGAAACGUUGGGAUCCUCCAAAAAAAAAGCAAGAACUAAGGCUGAACCACCAGCAAAUUGCAGAAGUAGGAAAUCAUAGUCUACACGAAAAAUCACGAGGGGAUGAAAGUCCAAAUAUAAUCUCUGAAAAUAUUCUAAGGUGUUUAUCAAGCAUUCUCUUGAGAAUGAGUGAUGCGAAGAAUUUGGAUUCUACCGGUGAUGUACCAUCCUCAUGGACUCCAAAAUCUAAAAUCUGUGUUGAAGACCCUUAUGGGAUAUGUUUGGAAUUUGGAAAGAGGAAUAUUGGUCCAUACAAGCAAUUACGUGCAAUUGAAGCUAAAUCAUUCGAUCCAAAACGAACUGCAAAGUCUUUGUUUUUACUACAUCGGUUGAAAAUUCUUUUUGGAAAACUAGCCCGUGUCAACUUUGAGAAUCUCAAUCACCAGGAGAAGCUUGCAUUCUGGAUCAACAUCUAUAACUCAUGUAUGAUAAACGCAUACAUAGAAAAUGGCAUACCAGAAAGUCCUGAAAUGGUUGUUGCACUGAUGCAGAAGGCGACAAUAAAUGUUGGUGGACACUUGCUAAGUGCAACAACCAUAGAACAUUGCAUUCUAAGACUUCCUUAUAACUGGAAAUUUCUAAAUUUUAAACAGACAUUAUCAAAGGGAGGGAAAAAUCACGAAACUUACGGACUGGAAUUGUCAGAACCCCUAGUGACAUUUGCUCUAUCGUGUGGAACUUGGUCCUCUCCUGCUGUGAGAGUUUACACGGCAUCUCAGGUUGAGAAUGAACUUGAAAUGGCGAAAAGAGAAUACUUACAGGCUGCAGUUGGAAUUUCAACAUCCAAGUCUGUUAUCCCAAAGUUGCUGGAUUGGUAUUUACUGGACUUUGCAAAAGACUUGGAAUCAUUGCUGGAUUGGAUAUGCCUCCAAUUACCAAGUGAUGUGGGGAAAGAAGCCAUUAAGUUCCUCGAGAAAAGAAAAACCGAGCCACUCUCACAAUUUGUACAGAUUAUGCCAUAUGAGUUCAAUUUUAGAUACUUGUUGUGCACAUAGUUUUGCUUCUGUGGAUACAAUUUGUAAACAGCUUUAGAUCAUACAUAUAAGAAUGUAGAUGUCACCUAUUCUUUUUCUCA